AUGGAUAGUAGAUUAUGGAAAACAAAUUUUGCAGUGUUGACAAUUGCGGAAGUUGUUGUUGAUUGGUACUUUGACAGAGUAGGAUUUCAACAUAUAGACCCUGAGGCAAUUCUAUGCGGAACUUCAGCCGGAGGUUUGGCAACAAUUUUGAACUGCGACAAGUUCAAAUCCUACUUGCCGAAUGAUGCGAGAGUAAAGUGCGUUGCAGAUGCUGGUUUCUUCAUCAAUGGGAAAACAAUUAUUGGUAUUUCAUAUAUUGAAGAGAUGUAUCGGAAAAUUGCUAACUUACACGGAUCGACUAAAAAUUUGCCUUCAGCUUGCACGUCUGCAAUGGAACCAAGUCUAUGCUUUUUCCCGCAGAAUGUCGUUCCAUACGUUCAAACUCCACUUUUCAUAAUCAAUUCAAUUUAUGACUACUGGCAGAUUAAUAACACUUUGGUUCCUCCAUAUCUUGAUCCUCAACAUGUCUGGAAGGAUUGCAUCGACAACAUAAAUAACUGCACAUUUGGCCAACGUAUAAUUAUUCAAGGUUAG